UCCCACUUCAAUCAAUCUUUUACUGCCAUAUUGGUCUUGGUUUGUUUUUGUAAACUUACAUUUUAAAUGUCGAGUUUUUGCCGAAUAUUAUUAAUUUAGAAAAGAUGGAUGUUGACAGAAGUUCAGUUCUAUUGGAGAAUCAAAAUAACGAACUCACAGAAUUAGUCAAUAUCACCGAAAUUUGUAGACUAUGUGCUAAUCAAAACGACAAACUCAUAGGCAUUUACAGUGAAGAGGGCGAAAGCAACAAUUUGGCUAUAAAAAUGAACUCUUACUUACCCAUAAAGGUGGAUAAAUCUGACGAAUUACCUCUCCAGUGCUGCUGGCAAUGCGCCUCUACUAUUCUCGCUUGGCACGAAUUAGUAGUAACAAGUAUCGAAGCUGAUAGAAGACUCAGAAAUUCCCCAGUUGUGACUGAAAAGCCACCAGAACCUUCUGCAGAAAUAUCACAAUUUGAGGAGGUAAAUGAACCAUGCAAGUUCGAAGUGUUGGAUCAAAACCAACCGGUAUUAUUAGGAAAGACUGAAAUUAGCGAAUAUGCAGAUGCAUACGGUCAAUAUAUUUCCCUUCAACAAGAUUACCUUCCGCUCGAAGAGAUUUACGAAAGCCAAUCGAAGGUUGAAAUCGAAAAAACUGACAUUGAAUCUGAGCAAAAAGUGUUCAGUAGCGAGGAGAAUAAUGAAGAAGAUGAUGAAGAAGAUGAUGAUGAAGAUUACGUCGAAGAGAAUGAUGCAGAUUCUUCCCAUAAAGAUGAAAAAUCUUGUUACGGUUGCCAGGAUUGCCAAAUGGUAUUUUUUACUGAAGACAAAAUGUCUGAACACAUACGAGAGCAACACCCUGAGAAGGCGAAAGAGGACAAAAAAGACAAGCAAAAGGAGAAGAAGACGCGGAAAAAGAAUUCUAAAAUCAAUCAAGCGAUGGUCAACGAAGCGAAAAUUGUGGUAGAUGGAAAGGUCUAUUACAAUUGCAAAGAGUGCGGAAGUUGUCUGUAUUCUCCUUACACUUACAUAUGGCACAUGAGAAUACAUACAGGGGAACGGCCGCACACCUGCCACAGAUGCGGCAGGUGCUUUAGAGUUUCUCAGGGAUUGGUGAGGCAUCUGAAAGAAACUCACGAACGAAUAAAGACUUUCCCAUGUGAUAUUUGCGGAAGGAUGUUCGGAACGAGGCGAAACGUGGAGGAACAUCGUAGAAUCCACACGAACGAGAGGCCUUACAUGUGCGAUUUAUGCGGUAAAUCGUUCAGACAGAAGGCCUCUCUGUACGUACACAAUAGAUCACAUAUGGACGUGUUUCCAUUUAAAUGCUCUUAUUGUGAUCAGGUUUUUAGAACAAAACCGCCUAUGUUGGUUCACAUGACGAAGCAUACAGGUGAAAAACCUUACGCAUGUGAUAUUUGCGGGAGGCGUUUUAGGAUCAAAUCGUUGAAAUUAAAAUCGAAAAUAAUUGACGGUAAAAAAGAAGAUGUUAACAAAACAAACGACUCUGACAGAGAAACUGAAAGUAGCGAAGGUGAAAUGAAACGAGUUCGCCGAAAGACCAGCGCAUCGGACACACUUUUUACGUGUUCGAAAUGCAAAAAGAGCUUUUCCAGAAAAUACGACCUUCAAAGGCACAUCACCCGAGUCCACCCUCAUUCCGAAGCCGAACUCUCGAAUAGACACAAAAACUUCGAGUUGUUAAACAAACACAAAGUAUGCGAUGACGGCGUAGUCUACUACAAAUGCGACCUGUGCGACGUGAAAUUAACGAAGAGUUCCUCGUUCGUGGAUCACUAUAAUAUCCAUUUGAACAGAAAAUUGCAUUGCUGCCAUUUGUGCGGGAAGAAAUUUCGAACGAGCUCGCACGUGCACCGGCACAUUAACGUCGUCCAUUACGGCAUGAAGAAAUUCUCCUGCGAAUUUUGCCACAACACGUUCUCCACCAAUUCGGCUAAAAACGAGCACGUCAACACGCACACCAACAACAGGCCCUACAUGUGCGCCUUGUGCGGGAAAUCCUUCAAGCAGUCCUCUUCGUUGUACGUCCACAAGAUGUUCCACGAUCAAAUUUACCGGUUCUCUUGCACGGUUUGCGACAAGAAAUUCAAACGCGGCGGCGAAUUGAAGAAGCACCAGGUGGUGCACACCUGCAGGAGAGACUACGAUUGCGAUGUUUGCCAGAAAUCUUUCAGGUUGAUUCAGGAUUUGAAGAGGCACAAGAAAACGCACGUUUCCUACUCAGAUGAAAAGGGCGGAUCAAAGCUAGAAAAAUCCAGCCAUUAUGAAGCGGUUUCUCCUGAAGGAAGUUCGAGUAGUAGCGAUGAGGAAAUCCAGCCGGCUUCCGAAUUCGAGAAAAGAAACCAAGAAUAUCUACGAGCAGUGGAUUUGAACACAAUCUCUUGCAUCGCUUGCGACGUAUCGUUCAAAACGAAGACGAAACUAAAACACCACAUGGAAUCCUUGCAUAAACUAAAACCGACGAAAGUCCGAAGGAAAAAGGGCGAAAUUAACGCGGAGUUUGUGUGUUCGGUCUGCAAAAAGGGAUUUACCAGGAAAUUCGACAUGCAAAGACACAUCGCCAACACGCAUCCUAACUCCAAGAAUUUACUGGAAACUUCCAGCAGAAAGAAAAACAUGGAGUUCCUCAACAGGCACAAAGUUUUAGACGACGGCGCCGUUUACUACAAAUGCGAUUUGUGCGAGAUGAAAUUAACGAAAAGCUCUUCGUUCAUGGACCAUUACAACAUACAUUUAGAUAGGAAAUUGCAUUGCUGUUAUUUGUGCGGGAAAAAGUUUCGGCGCAGCUCCCAUGUAACCAGGCACAUCAACAUCGUGCACCAUGGAAGCAAAAAAUUCGAGUGCGAAUAUUGCAACGAAUUAUUCGCCAGCAAAUACGCGAGGAACGAGCAUUUAAAUACUCACACUAACUACAGACCGUAUAUGUGCGACGUUUGCGGAAAAUCCUUUAAACAAUCUGCGUCUCUGUACAUCCAUAAAAUGUUCCAUAAUGAUGAAUUCCGCUUCUCGUGUAAAGUUUGUAGUAAGAAAUUCAAGAGACUGGGAGAAUUGAAAAAGCACGAAACAGUGCAUACUGAUAAAAGAGAUUAUUUUUGCGAUAUAUGCCAAAAAGCCUUCAAAUUGGGCCACGGUUUGAAAAGGCAUCAAAAAAUACACAAUACUUAAUAUAUUUGAAAUUAUACUACGUAUUCUUUGUAACCAAUUCGAAGAUUUGUAAUAAAUAUUUGUUAAUAUACUUUCAAACUAAAAACAAACGCAAUAAGACUAAAAUAACAACAUAAAGUACGAGUAUAUCACAACUUAACGAUUAAUAUAAAACUUUAACUUUCUGCUAUAAAGUGAAAUAAAGUUCUAUGUAUAAAUAAAGAAAUAUGGAUUAUAGCGUAAAUUACUAAAUACGGAAAUCUUAAAGUUUCUUUGAUUAAUCACUCAAUCGUAGCAGUCGAUUGGGUAUUGGUUGAUUCUCUUCCAAGACUACUACCGGGAGAAUCUGCGUUUUCGUUUAUAAGUCGUUGUCUUUCUCUGUACAUUGAAACUCGUAUAUUUUCUAAUUGAUGGUACCUGCACAAUUUCAGCACUGCGCAUACCGUUAGACCUACCCAAGUAGCAAAAGAUCCCCAAACACCGAACUGUGCUGUACCUAAUUGGAUGUAAAAAUUCGCUGUGUUGAUGUGAUCUGCUUUGUCAAUGUCCU